AUGGGCGCAGCCGGCUUGUCGGCGCUGACCCGCCUGGGCCUCUCCGCGCCGCGCCUCCCCGCGCAGGCCCGGCCCGGGUGGCUCGGGGUCGCCGCGCUGGGACUGGCCGCCGUGGCGCUGGGGGCCGUGGCCUGGCGCCGAGCGCGACCCAGGCGGCGCCGGCGGCUGCAGCAGGUGGGCACCGUGUCGCAGCUGUGGAUCUACCCGGUCAAGUCGUGCAAGGGGGUGCUGGUGGAUACGGCCGAGUGCACGGCCAUGGGCCUGCGCAGCGGCCACCUGCGGGACAGGUUUUGGCUCGUGAUCAACAAGGAAGGGAACAUGGUGACAGCGCGCCAGGAACCUCGGCUGGUCCUGAUCUCCCUGACCUGUGAUGGGGACUCUCUGACUCUCAGUGCAGCCUUCACGCAGGACCUGCUGCUGCCCCUCAGACCACCCACCACGAAUGCGAUACACACGUGCAGAGUACACGGCCUAGAGAUCGAGGGCAGGGACUGUGGCGACGCGGCGGCCGAGUGGAUAACCAGCUUCCUGAAAACACAGCACUUCCGCCUGGUACACUUCGAGCCCAGCAUGCGGCCACGGAAUCCUCACCAGAUAAAGGACUUGUUCCCGUCCAGUGAGAAGGUUGCUUACCCUGAUGCCAGCCCAUUCUUGAUCCUCUCCGAGGCGUCCUUGGCGGAUCUCAACUCCAGACUGGAGAAGAAAGUUAAAGCGACCAGCUUCAGGCCCAAUAUUGUCAUUUCAGGCUGUGGCGUCUAUGAAGAGGAUUCUUGGAAUGAGCUUCAGGUGGGGGACGUGGAGCUGAAAAGGGUGAUGGCCUGUACUAGGUGCAUUCUAACCACCGUGGACCCUGACACAGGAGUCAUGGACAGCAAGGAGCCGCUGGAGACCCUGAAGAGCUACCGCCUGUGUGACCCUUCUGAAAAAGAGUUAUAUGGGAAAUCACCUCUCUUUGGGCAGUAUUUUGUUCUCGAAAACCCUGGGAUCAUCAAAGUAGGAGACCCGGUGUACCUGCUGGGCCAGUAACGAACACUACAUCUUGGGGAAGCAGAUGCUUUUAGAAAAUGUCCUGAAAGAUGACCACACUGGGCCUUCAGUGCCCCAGGACUGCCCCUCGGCAUUUCCUUCAGAUCUGAGAUUUUGUGUCUCCCCGCUUCCCGUAUCCCAAUGCACACAAUCUUGAUAACCUAGCGACUUCAACAAGUCACCCAAGCAACAAGACAGGAUUCUGAAAA